AUGGACGGAGAGCAACAAGAGCUUCAGUUUCUUGGGUUCUUUGGAAUCUUGAAAGAAUCCUUCAAGAUUAUAGUUUCUUGGAGAAAAAUUUUUAGCCAGAUCACCCUUGCUUUUAUUCUUCCUCUCUCCUUCCUCUUCCUUGCUCAUAUCCAAAUCUCCCAGGUCCUUUUCUUCAAGAUUGAAGAUAGCUUAGAAUAUGGCAACGGACUCCAUCACAAAAAUUCCCAUAAAAUCUCCUCCGAAUGGAUUGCCUUCUGGCUUUUCAAGAUCGCCUACUUCAUUGUCCUUCUGAUACUUUCCCUUCUCUCUACUUCUGCAGUUGUUUAUACUAUUGCUUGCAUAUAUACUUCAAAGCCAAUCACCUUCAAGAAGGUGAUGAGCGUGGUGCCAAGAGUUUGGAAGAGGCUUAUGGUCACUUUUCUGUGGAGUUUUGCUAUAGUUUUUAUCUAUAAUGUUAUAGCAGCGGCAGUAAUUAUCUUGUGGGUGGUCCUUCAUGGAGGUAAUACUGUCUUUGGAGUUGUGAUUUUUGUGCUUCUCUUGAUUUUCUACAGUGUUGGGUUCUUGUAUAUUACCAUAAUUUGGCAUUUGGCAAGUGUGAUUUCUGUUUUAGAGGAAAUUUAUGGGAUCAAAGCCAUGAUCAAGAGCAGGAACUUGAUAAAGGGUAAGCUUGGGGUUGCAGUGGCUCUUUUUAUUUUGCUGGGGAUUUGUUUUGGUGGAAUUCAACUUCUUUUUGAGGCAUUUGUGGUGCUGGAAUGGCCACAAGACUUGGGAAUCAGAAUUGGAAUUGGAAUCCUUUGCUUCUUGUUGCUGUUUAAGGUGAUUCUAUUUUGGCUUGUGAUCCAAACAGUUCUCUACUUUGUGUGCAAAUCCUAUCACCAUGAGAAUAUUGAUAAGCCCUCCUUAUCAGAUCAUCUUGACGCUUAUCUUUUGGGGUAUGCUCCUUUAAAGGCAGCCAAUGUCCGAAUGGAGCAACUACAAGCAUAG